CCCUAUGCCCGUCUCUGUUUCUCUUUCUCCAACGUUUUCUAACCGAUGAGCAUGCUGUGUGGCUCCUAGCCUCCUACUCAUCACUGCAACUGUAACAGUAACAGCAGAGAUAUCGCCACUCAAGAGGAGUGCCAUCGCAGACAUCUACACACACACAGUCACACACACACCAACGUUGGAUGAACAUCGGCUUAUUCUUCUCAAACGUACGCUGGGGAGGUAGAGAGAGAGAGUGUCCACCUGCGCUCAUCUCAUACACAACAGGGCUAAGAGAACUCCAGCAACCACCAGUGAUCUUAGAGGAGUCCUUGGAUUACUGAAGCUUGACUGACCAUUCUAACAAAACCAAAAGGCAAAGCAACAAACCAUGAAGACCAGACUAGCCUGCCUGUCCAAUAAGUCUGACUCCUACACCGACUUCACUGAGUUCCUGCCCCCUGCCCAAGAUAGGACCACCAGAUGCCUAAAGCUGACAAAAGACGAGGUCAUUCGAUGGGCAGAUUCCUUCGAUGUUCUUCUAUCGCACAAGUAUGGCCUGGCUGCCUUCCGGGCUUUUCUCAAGACGGAGUUCAGCGAUGAGAACAUUGAGUUCUGGAUGGCUUGCGAGGAAUAUAAAAAAAUCAAGACUCCUGCUAAACUGGUGACCAAAGCCAACAAGAUCUACAAUGAGUUUAUCGAUGUCAAGGCUCCCAGAGAAGUAAACAUAGACUUCCGUACACGGGAGGUGACGAGACAGAGCCUUGAGGAGCCCACUCCUUCCAGUCUGAACGAGGUCCAGUCCAGGGUCCACAGCCUCAUGGAGAAAGACUCUUACCCACGAUUCCUCCGCUCCAAGAUCUACCAGGACUUACUCAAAACGCAGUACACACACUGCCAACGGAACUCUGUCUGAAGAACACACACAUGUGCAGCCGCAGAUACAUAUACGCACACUUAAGUGAUAAUGCCGUGAAGCCAGUGUUUGGAGGAUAUAUUGGCACGGGUGUUGCAAUGCCAGAGACUAAGUCGGGGGUCGGCAGACCGUGCCAAUAUAUCCCCUAACACCAGCUUCUCGGGCAUUAUCACUUUUAUACAACGGGUUAGCAAC